GGGAGGAGAGAGAGAGAGGAGAGAGGAGCCGCCGCUCGCACUCCCUCUCCGCAUCAACUUCCAGAACCCGUGUGGCCGACGGAGGAACAGCGGCGUGUUGGGGGGAUCACCGACCGUGAACAGCCGGUUCACCAGCCCGGGAACACACCCAGCCUCUCCGAGCCGGAGUGAUUGGUCCAGGUCCUGUCCAUCCUCUGAGUCCAGUGGCUGUCGGCCCUGUGAGCUGCGUGAAGGCUCUCAGAGCGGCUUCAUUAUGGAACAAUAGCAGUGGGAACCUCCUCCACCAACUCCCCCCCCAUUUCUUCUUCUUCUCUCAGCCUGACUCUCCUCUGGAACCCUCCCCCUAGCAAACACAGAGACACCCACCCACAUGCAACCAUCUGACCGCUCCUCCCACGCUGGUCAUGGUCCACUCCCCCCCACCCCGACUCUCCAGUCAGUGAAGGCAGUGAGUCAGUGGAAGCACUGUAAUCCUCUGUGAAGUAAAGGGCCUGUACGUUGCAUAUGCUGGCUUUUGUCAUGGCGGUUGUUGUUGUUGCGGAGGCCUCCCUCAGAAGAGAACAUGAGGGAGAACAGGAGGCAGCAUAAAGCUCACAAAGGGAGGAAGAGAAAGCGAGGGAGGGAGCGAGAGACACUGACAUUGCCAUUUCUCUGAGCGGAGGAGCAUGAGCUUCACGGGGCAACGGAUGUGAUUCAGUGGUGGUGAAGCUACAUGAUGAGGGACUGGCAUUACUCUCCCACGCCAAUCUCGAAUUGGACCAACAAUCACCUUUGGAGAUAUUUGCCACAUUCAAUUUUAAUAUUUUAAUAUUUAGGAAUAUUUUAAUCUUCAAUUUCCUUGGUGGUCUCCUUCCAUCACCGCCUACCAAAAGUGCCUUUUUGUGUUACCUUUGUCAAUUUAUUUUGUUACUCAUCUGACUUCAUUUUCAGUUUCCACAUUUUUACCAGACCUAAUAACUUUACAUUCAGUAAUCAUUAAACACGUUGCCAUAUUUCAGAGAAAGUACAGCCACGACAGCAACUUCCAUCAAAUGCACACUUGACAAUCAUCACCUUACCGAAAUUAAUUUCUGUGUGGGGCGAGCGCGUUGAGCCACAGCGUUAAACCACUGAGAGUCAGGUGACUCUUUUCACUGCCUCCUCUUGAUCGCUGCUUUUUGACGACACGGAGCCGUCGCCAUGGUCACUUUCCAGUCGAAAUGGCGCUACAUGUUCAUGUUCCUGGGCAUCCAACUGGUGGUCAUGGCCCUGCUGUCCCGGGAGGGAUACCAGAAGAGGGUCAACUACUUCAUCCGCAUCUUCCGCAAGGCCAACACCACCGCCGCGUCAAGCCGCAACCACACUGCAGCCGGCGUCAUUGGAGGGGACGUCUAUGCCAACCUCUCCCACCUACCUAGAACUCCGAGCCAUGGGGAUGGCAUGCCCUACUGCCCCAAGAUAUCUCCUUUGAUAGGCGGGCCAAUCCAUGUCAACUUCCCAUCAGGGCUCAGUCUAGCAGAGGUAGAGAGGAAAAAUCCCCUGGUGGUUCGGGGAGGACGUUACAGGCCACCUGACUGUGAGGCCAGGCAUCGAACUGCCAUCAUCAUUCCCCACAGACACAGGGAGCAUCACCUCAAGUUCCUGCUCUACUACCUUCACCCUUUUCUGCAACGUCAGCAGCUCAACUAUGGAAUUUACAUCAUUCAUCAGGCUGGAAACUACACAUUUAACAGAGCCAAGCUGAUGAAUGUGGGUUUCCGGGAAGCCAUGAAGGAGGAGGACUGGGACUGUCUCUUCUUUCACGACGUGGACCUCAUCCCAGAGGACGAUCGCAACACAUACGUCUGCGAUAGCAACCCGAAGCAUUCGGCCAUCGCCAUGGACAAGUUUGGCUACAAGCUUCCAUACAAGAUGUACUUUGGUGGAGUGUCGGCUCUGACGCCACUGCAUUACCUCAAAAUGAACGGUUUCCCCAACAACUACUGGGGCUGGGGUGGAGAGGACGAUGACAUCGGAGUCAGGGUGUCUCUGGGGGGGAUGUACAUCAGUCGUCCAUCAGUGAAAGUCGGCCGUUACAAGAUGAUAAAGCACAAGCUGGACAAAGGAAAUGAUGUGAACCCAAAGAGGUUCAAUAUGCUGGCCAAGACACGUCAGAGCUGGAAGUCGGAUGGGAUGAACACAGCCGAAUAUGAGAUCAUUUCCCGGCAAUACAUGCCCCUCUACACAAACAUCACGGUCAACAUCGGCACCGAGGAAGGUCUACACCCACGUCCUCCAGCAUCACCUGCGAGAAAACCUACUGCUAAAGUGCCAGCGCAAGUCAAACAGAAGGAAUCCUCCCUCACAAAAGACAGCUAGUGCUGCACUUUGCCAUUAAUCCAGGAGGAUGAUCCUGUCAGCACAUGCUGUGGGAUGGUUUCUUCUCAGUGGCCUGAAGCCUUUUUCCUCAUUUCAAGCUUCUUUUUUUGUCUGUUUCUGGAGAAUAGACAUGAUACCGUCAUUUAAGUGAUAAUUACACCUUGGGCCGUAUUCACAAACAUUAUAUUCUCAGAAAGCUCCCAACUUUGCCGGAACAUUUGUAGCGAGGACUCCAACCAUUGAGUGACUUACGAAACUUGUCAAAGCAACUCUGAGCAAAGCAGGGACAGAAACUUUGACCUUAGUGAGGAGGUGGGGUGGACCCUGCUGCCAGCUGAUGCUUUCUUUUAUAAGAUGUGAUCCACAGAUAUAAAACUGAAAUAUGGACAAAGGGGCAAUCAUAGAAUUUAGUCUCCAUUAAGACAUAGGUGAUUAUGAUUGUUUUAUACUAAAUCUAUUUUGAAUAAAUAGGCUAAAGUUGCCCACAAAAUGUUUGUUACACAGGCCUACCUGUGCAAUCGCCUGCUCACAUGCUGGUAGUUUUAUUUAUUUAAUUGUUUAUUUACCAUGCUGGUGAUUUCAGUAUCUAAUCAAUUUGUUUUAAAAGGAGGAGAAUAUCCCCGCUUAUAUUGAUUCCAGCGCUUGUGGACCAGCCUGGUGCAUUGUUGGUCGUCGCGUAACUUUAACGUAAACCAGCAAACAAGCAAUGGAAGGAAGUGAAGGAAGCAGAAAAAACAUUUGCACCGCAAUUCAUAUUUAUUAUCAGCUCUGUUUGUCAACAAGUGCAAAAUCAUUUCAAUGUCACAGCUCAAACCAAGAGGCAAAGGCCGAAAGACUAAAGUCCAGCAGAUGAACUCCUCACUCCCCCUGGUGGUGCAGUGAGGAGUGUGGAAAACGAAUAGAAGUAGGCAGGUUGCCACUUGUCUGAGAUUUAUAAAAAUACUGUAUGCUUCAAAAAAGUUUUUUAAAAGUCCUCCUCCCACCUCUUUUAAAACUAUAGACUUAACUAAGGGGAAGUUGUUCGGAUCCAUCUUAAUUCUAUGAGUUUCUUUUUUAAUUUCACCACUAGGAGCAGCUCUUCGUAUUGGGAAGCUUCAAGAAUACGGCCCCCUAGUUUUUUUGAAAAUAAAAACUAAAGACGUGAUUUUUUUUUUUCACACCCUUGGCUGACGGCUCUCCACGAUGAUGAUCGCUGAUUAUUCUUCCACGGCAGCCAAAGCAAAGAGAGAAGGCUAAAAGUUGGACUCUAUGAGUUUGUAUAUCUACAGCGCUGCGGUCGCUGGUUAAACCUCGCGAUGCCUUAGAAUCUUGUUUUUGUCUUUUCACUCGUAUUUUACAUUAUCUUAGAAUACUGGGUGUAGAUGGAGCAGUAGCUGCGAUUUCCUGCAGUCACACUGUGCCACAACAGAGUCGGACCUAUAUUUUUUGUCUCAAAGCCAAUGAAUACGUGAGUGAACGAGUGUGUGAAGCUGCUACCGCGAGAUGAAAUCUAAAAUAACUGUGCACAUAUCUAUAUAUCUUUCUCUGCACUUUUAUCUAGAAUUGGUUCCCAAGCAGAGAUCCCGCUCGGUUUCAGCUUAGCUCGUACGAAAACAUAGGCUGAAGCUUUCUCCUGUUUUCAGAGCUGCACAUGGUUUUGGCCUGUUGUUAUAGAUUCAGUAGAAUCACCAGUGGGACUGAGGAUGAAGUGAAGACGAGGUACCUAUCUGUAGCGUUGAUCUUAGUAACGAGUGCAUACAGUUCAGCCUUUUGAAUGAUUUCAUUUAAGCAUGUCAAAUAUCUGCUUUUUAUUUGUGUUUUUUUUUGUGUGUGUGUAUUUGCCUUCUUCAAAUAGAGCAGCAGAGCUUGUGAUUCACAUCAGAAUGGAGUCUCUUUGCUUUACCUUCUCACACGUAUCCACAGUGUAAUUAUCAGAUUGUGGCUCAGGUCGGAACCUGAAUGAGCCCAAGACAAUACCGAAGCAAUUGUGUUUUUUUGUGUUUGAUGUCGACCUGAGUUUUCCCUGAUUUCAUCAAAUGUAAUUCAGUCCCACCAAAUUAUUAUUCAUCUGGUGAAAUCUACAUGGUUACGGCUGCUGUAGUCGCAAAAGAACAUUUUCAUGUUUUUAUCCUUCGGUUCAGUUAAAGGAUUUUAUCGUGUAUUUCGGGGAAUCUUGUGAACCCAUGGACUGAUUUAGUGAAAAUGAAACGCCACACAAUAAUUUCUAAAUGCACCGUUCUCAUGGUGAUGUAUUGAUAAGGAAAGUUACAUUUCUAAAUUAUUAGAGUUUGAAUUUUGCUGCGGACAUUGACUUCAAUAAUGAGCCAGUGUCUCGUCUCCACGAUGUGACUCAGAAAACCGUUUGGAGACAUUUGCCAUGUCCCUUCACCCUGUGCCCUCAUACUGCAUCUGUCCUCCUCCUCCUCCUCCUCCACUCUGACAGAUUUGAUUGUUGACAAGAAAAAACUUAAACAGCCCUUUAUCCAGUCAGUGUCUGUGUUGACAGACGAAAAGUUGAAACCAAAGACGACUGCAUGGAAGCUGUGCUGAUGGCUAUAACAGUGUGUGUGUGUGUGUGUGUAUAGGAUAUGCUCCAUAUGUCACAAUGAUUUCUGUAAAGCUGUAAUUAUCCAACUUAAUGGACCUAUCACUAUUUCAAACCCAUUUCAGUUCUGUGUUUAAAAAGGUGUCGAGACCACAGACAGUUUAAAGAUGGACGACACACGUUAUCCAGAAACAAAGACAAAAUAUUCCUAAUGCGAGCGAUGACAUUGGUGGGGGGGAGCUCCUGCCAG